AUGAAUUUAGAAAUUAGUUUUCAGAACUUUAAAAAUCUUAGUCUAACUUUGUGAUAAAGGAUAAAAGAACAUUUCAAAAGUUUAUGAUGAAGCGUUUGUUCCCCUUUGUAGACAUUUUAUCUAAUUAUCUAAAUGUGGAUAAAAUAUUUUAUUUCUGUGAGCUUUUUCAAUUGUUGUCAUUGUUAAAUUUCAGGGAAAGCUUGAUUUGAAUUAUUUUUUUUUUUUUACUAAGGGACUGAUUAUUUUAAAACGAUAUUUAAUUGACAAGUCUUAAAAUAGAAAUUUAGAAGUGACACAAAAUAUAUGCAAUGAGACACAUUUAUCUUUGUCGUCCUUCUUAGUUUCACGUUCUCAAUUACUCUCUCCUGUCAUUUUCAUUUUCUCCAUGCUCUCGUACUCUCAUUAACACUGCUGCCCUUUUGGCUCGUCUUCUCCUCCAUUUCACCUCCUUUUGUGCAGCUUUGGAGCCACUUUUCUUUGCUUCGUUCAACUCAACCCUCGCCACCACCACUUCCAAUAAACAACGUGUCAGAUGUCUGAAGGUAAAGGAAGGGCAGGAGGCAUCCAAUUAAAACCACAAUGCAUUAUUAUUUCAGAGCCCCCCCUCUCUCUCUUCCGUCUCCCAAAGCCGUUUAGAUUAUGUAAGAGCUCAGUAUCAAGGGAGCCAGUCUGCGGAGGACAAGUUGGGGGGGGAGUAUUUGCCGAUGAUGUAGCUCACCAACUCUGGACUUUCCCCGCCAGCUUGCAUACUACCCCUUUCUCAUCUUCCUCCUCCCUUUUUUUCCUUUUCGUCCACCCACCAGCCCACCCUCCCCCUGCCUAUCCCGCACACACAUCCACACACAUGCAAUCACGAAUGCACUGGGAUUGCAGCACCGGCAGCAGCACCGCGAGAUGGAGAUCUCCGCUGCGUGUGUGAGUGCCUGUUCUCGAUGAGUGCAGGGGACGAGAGCAAAUGAGUGCCUGAAUGAGGUGCAUGAGGAAGAAGAAAGGGGGGAGAAUGGAGUAGAAGAUCAGAGGGGAUCUCAUCAGGUUUUGAGACACUGUCUUUCUGUUUUUCUUUUUUUUUUCCUCCUCUGCCUAUCCUGAUAACCUGAAUCUUUGCCGGAUGUGCCACAACUACUCCAGCUGUCACUGCGCCGGCUGCCUCUCUUUCUGUACUCCAGCAGCUGGACGGUACCCUGGAAUCCAGUGACUGCAUGGAUGAAAGCUGGAUCUACAGGGAGAUUUCUUGUCCUUUGCACCGCUGAUCUGUUUCUUAAGGAAAUAUGGUGAGCAAAGAAGAUGCCAAAUGUCUAGUUCUGUCAAAUUCAGAAGAAUCUGAUUUCGAGACGGUCCCAUCACACAGCGAGCAGUCCGGACUGGAAACAGGCAAGCAGCAGGUGAAGAAGAGAAACAAAGCCUUACAAGUACGUUUCAAGGAUAUUUGUGAAGCUCAGAAAGAGCAUCGAGGACGACGCACCAGGUCUAUUUCCUGCAAAGUAACUCACAGGAAGUACAUGACCAUGCCUGCCAGGCGAUCUAUUCCCAACGUGACUCGGAGCACCGGCGUUCAGACCUCGCCAGACCUCACGAAACGAUACAAGACUUUCCCUUUUGAGCGGAAAAAAGGACACACUUUUAAACACACUGCUUUGGUGGAAAAUUACAGAGCACAGAACAACGGGUUCUUGAGUGAUAUAAAAACUGGAGAAGACGAUGAGCCAUCUGUUGGGCAGUCUUCGAAAUGCAAAGGUAAGAUUGUGGGACAGACUAAAGCUCUGCUCCACCACACUGUUGACAGCAGUGAUACGGAGGAUUUACUUUCCAGUGCCAACUGUGAGGAGGGGCCUUCAUGCCCAGACUCCUCACAUUUCUCAGAAGAGGGCCAAAUGAGCAGCCCUGCUUCUAAAAGUGAACCAGAAUACCAGGUUUGUGGAAAAUGGACUAAACAUAAAGGAUUACAAAAAGAAAACACGGAUUCUGGGACUUCUUCAAAGCGGCAGCUGACUGACUCGAAGUCUUCACAGGACAAGCCCAAAGGCUCGGGCCCCGUAGCUUGGAACUCUUUGUUACAGGUGGAGUCUUUGGGAAGCCCCACUGCGGGCUGCAAACGGAAAAAGGGCGCACAGAUGAGCGAACUGCAAUCCCAGACAUUUCCCCAUAGUGCUAAAUGUUCCGUUAAGUCCCAAGGGCAAUGUCGGACGAGGCACGCCUCCGCCUCCUCUAAACUUCAGCAAAGUGUCGAGGAGGAGAACGCCUUUCCACCGGGAGGCAUCAGAACCACGGCGAUGGGCAGCAGCCAGCAGAUGCUACCCCAAUCGGAAGACAAGGACAUCAAAGCACAGCUGCAGGCCAUGGAAAGUCUCAUCAACUCAAGCCAGGAGACCAUCAAGGUCCUUCUUGGUGUCAUUCAGGAGCUGGAGAAAGGUGAAGCACAGAGAGAAGGGCUCUCGUACAGAACAGGACAAGACACUGCAAAUUGUGAUACAUGCCGAAACAGCGCGUGCAUCAUUUACAGCCUGAGCUGCGAGUGUCAGAACCAUGAAAGGGGAAGUGACUUUGUGCUGAAAGGUGUCAGCAGCAGCAACCACAGAAAGGAGCAGCUGAAUAAACAGACUAGGCCAUCCUACAGACAUCUUGGAUCAGCAGCAUCCCUCCCAGUAGAAGCCGUUAUUGAAUGUGUUGAACUGGACUUUAAGCUUCAGGAGGAUAAGCUAAGACCACUGAUGAAGAGACUUUGUCCUCUGGACAGCCAGCAGUGGCCCGCUCUGCCUUAUUCCAACGAGGUGUUUACAUCGACCCCUAAAAGAAAGUCCAAGUCAGAAUCCAAGAAGCAUGCCCGGUGGAAACUCUGGUUCCUAUGAAUAAACCAGCAAAGGCUUCGGAAGCUGCCAUUUUAUUGGCCACACAGCUACUGCAAUUACUCUCAAAUGGUUUAAGGAAUAAACAGCUGGAGGAUUCCAACCCAGGAACAUGGAUAACCAUUUAAACUGUGGCUGAACUGGCAGUUAAGAUAAAACAUUUUCACAGUUUCACGGACAUGUUGGCUGGACCGAACCAACACCUUUAAAAGCUAGGUGAGAUUCUUAAUAAAAAUAUAUGUUUCUAGUAUAUUUUAAAUGCUUAAUAUUUUUUUGCUUUUUUUACUUUAGAGGAAAUCAUUACUGUCCAACAAAAGGAAGCUCCUUCAGGGGAGUCAGACAUGAGACUGAAGCUUUCAUAUCCCAACGAACAUCAGCCUCACCUCCAGCAAAGCACAAACAUCCGAGCUCUGAGGGGAUCAAAAGACGGGACAAUACGCCAGCCCUGCACUUAUCCACCGCAUCAGGCACCAGUUUUUGUUUGCAUGGUGUUCAUUUUUUCUGUCCGACUGAACGUCUUAUUGCCUUAGCUAAAAACUGACUCAGUCUGUUUUCUUUUCUCAUUGGAGCCAACCGACUUUGCCUCACUCAUCCUGUAAUUAUCACCCUUAGGUUAAGAUUCUAUAUUUUAGAAUAUCUUCUGACAAAGUACUGUGAUAUAUAAUGUGACUUAAAUGCUGGGACCCUUAUCUUGAAGCAGGUACUGUAUUUAAAAAGUAAAUCAAGUAUCAGAUUUUUGAAAAUCAAUAUGUAUGGUGUUUUGACUACUUCUUCUGUGGCAGAGUAUUUUUAUGAAACCCCCUUGUUUCAGCUUUGAUUUGUGCUUUACAAAAGCAAAAGGGUAUUUUGACAUUUUUGCUGAGUUCAUUCGGAGGUUGCCUUGCCUCUCUGCCACUCAUUGGGUCACAGCAAACCGCUGAUAUGACAUUGUGAAACAAAUCCACUUUUAAGUUGCUUGUUUCAUGUGCCGUCAACACCUCUCCUGAGGUCUUUUGCAAUAUUGAUUUAUCUUUUUAAUAUAAAUGACAUUUAGUAACUUUUUUGUUUUUUGCAAAAUUCUUAUUAACCCACACAAAAAACUGUAUAUUCAACUUGCAGCAAGAUGUGAAGGGCUAUAUAUGGAGCUAAGGUUGUGAUCACUUUGAUGGAAAACCUUGCAGCCACCAGCUUUGAUCAUGUAUUAACCGAAUAGUGAAACAAACAUGAUGUAGCAAUGAUAGAACUUGUUUCAAAGCAGGUGAAUUUAUAGUCAAUUUUUGCUCUAAACUGAAUGAAACUACAUUUAUGUACAAGAAGUGUCAUGAAAACAAACACCUUCCAUCUUAGAUUCUACAGAUGACAUAAUUCAGGUCACCGAUAUCCCUGCAAAGAGCUGUACCUUGAGAAAGUGCAAUUUAUUGAUUAUGUGCAAUAUUAUGCAUUUUUCUACUGUUUCUACAUCUCAAUUAAAACAUUUUCAACUUAAAAUGCUGCAGUUUGCUCCUGUGUGUGCUGAGCAGAGGACAGCAAAGACAUGGAAAGUCCAGGAAUGUUUUUUAAAAGGUCGAUUGAGCAAACAGGAGGUCAAUGAUGCAAUGGAUUGGGGAUUUUUUCUUUUUAAAGCAGAAGUGUCCAUGUGGGUUUGCCGUCUUUCAAGUUCUAGUUAAUUGUAGGUUUUUAACUCAAACCGACUGACUCAAGUUUUGUGGGGAUCUUGUGCAAAAAAAAAAAAAAAA